AAAAAGCUUUUCGCUUUAGUCAAACAUUAAAUAUUAUUGUAUUAUUAAGAUUUUAUUUGUGAUUUUAUUUGAUGAGAAGAAGUCUAAAACGUACGUUUUUUCAGUCUUUAUAAUUGUUUUUGUCUGUUUCGAAAUUAGCGACAUCGGGGACGUUCCUAGCAUUUUAAUAUGUCUUCCAUGUUGUUGAGUUCCAAAAAUACAAAUUUUCAAUAGUUUUUUACUAAUUGCAGGAAGAAUCUAGAAUCCAAAAACUAACCUGUUUAUCCAUUGGGUGAUUGACAUUUUUCAAAAUGCACUCCCCACCUCAGCAACAAUCUUUCUCGAGGUUAAAGGUCGAAGAUGCCCUAUCGUAUUUGGAUAGAGUGAAACAGCAGUUUUGCACACAGCCCCAGGUUUAUAACGAUUUCUUGGACAUUAUGAAAGAGUUCAAGUCUCAAACCAUAGACACCCCUGGUGUGAUAGCUAGAGUCUCGCAUUUGUUUCACGGACAUAAGGAUCUAAUUGUCGGUUUCAACACGUUCCUACCUCUCGGUUACAAGAUUGAACUGAAUAAGGCUACUGAUACCAUUAGCAUCUAUCAGCCUGAAAGUUCAAGGACUCACCAUCAUCAUCAUCAGCAUGACGUCAACAUGGAUUCCCUGCCUCCGAUGAUUACUGAUAGCGUGACGGGCCAACCUGUUGAGUUCAACCAUGCCAUUACUUAUGUCAACAAAAUCAAACAUAGGUACCAGAACAGACCUGAUAUUUACAAAUCAUUUCUUGAGAUUCUCCACAACUAUCAAAAUGAGCAGAGGAUUUCUAAAGAGCAGCCAAAUGCGGCACUAGCAAACAAGUUGAUGGAAGGGGAGGUGUACAAAAAUGUGGCGGUCCUCUUCGCCGAUCAGCCCGAUCUUCUUCAGGAAUUCAGUCAGUUCCUUCCUGACGCAAGCGGGGGCGGAACUCAGAACCCUGCCCACACAAUUAGCAACAGUGGGAUCCUUAAUAGUGUCCCUGGUAGUGGCAGCUUUGGCUGCGGAUUGCCUGCGAAUCAAGGGACUGCUUCUUAUAUGCAGCAGCAGCAGCUGCAACAGUACAACAACAGCAGCAACAUCAGCAGCAGCAAUAGCGCAAACGAAUCGGGCCUGCUGAGUCUGUGUAGUUCGACUAUCUCAAAAAAAUCUUCAGCAGCGGCGGCGGCAACUGCAACGUCUUCAGUGGCCACAGCAGCCGCGAAUCAAGCUUCCUUGCCGUCUGCUGUGGCAGCUGCUCCAGCAAACAACAGCAGCAGUUAUAAUAACAACAACAUGUGUGGUAGUAGUAGUAACAAUAAUGUGAGUGGCAGUAGUGGAACAGUUGCUGGGAGCCGAAAGAAAAGAUUUGGUAGUGGCGGGAAUUUGUCGAAUGCUGUUUCAUCAAGGAGAUUCAAGUCGGACACUUACAGCAGCAGCAGCAACAACAACAACAACAACAAUAGCAGUAGUAAUGCUAUUAAUAACACUAAUAAUAAUAGUAAUAAUAAUAAUAAUAAUAGUAGUAGUAGUGGUACUGCCAGCCAGAAGCACAUGUCCGAGUUGAGUAGGUAUGGAAGUCUGGGGGAUUUUGCAUUCUUUGAUAAGGUUAGAAGUUCUUUAGGCGAGCAUAUGUAUCACGACUUCUUGAAGUGCUUGAAACUCUACAACAUACCAGACAUGAAGAUGUCUUCAGCAGAACUCAUGCAAAUGAUACACCCGUUCUGCCUAAAGAUGCCCGAGUUGAAGAAACGAAUGCGAGUGCUGCUGAAUCAAAAAGACGAGACACUGCCUUCGUCUUCGUCCUCAUCACUCCUUCCAAACAACAGCAACAAUAAUUAUAAUAGCAAUAAUUAUAAUAAUAAUUACAACAAUGCAAGUGGUAAUAGUAAUAAUUUGGAUGGCAUUAUGGCAAAUGGUGGAUUUGUAAGGAGUAGGGUUGGAGAGUACGCUGGAGAGAUUGACUACGCCUCAUGCAAAAGGUAUGACAUCAGCUACUUAUCACUGCCAAAGGAUCAUAUACAUGCUAGGUGCAGUGGAAGAACUGCCAUGUGUUAUGAGGUACUGAACGACACCCACGUAUCGUUCCCUUCCUGGUCCGAGGACUCCAGCUCCGUCAUCAAGAAGACCAUGGCCGAAGAAAUGAUAUUCAGGUGUGAGGAGGAGAGAUAUCAGUUGGAUAUAAUCCUGGAGAACAUGCAGUCGACGCUAGACGUCAUGAGAUUCGUGCAGUGGAAGAUGGAGAAUAUGACCUGCGACGAAAGGUCAAAGUUCAAACUGGAUGCUAACCUCGGUGGCAGGUCGGAGUGCUUGCAUAGGAAAACCAUCCAAGGAUUAUAUGGGAAUGCGGCCUCGACGAUUGUCGAAGCCCUGAGGAACAAGCCGUCAGUGGCCGUGCCCGUCAUCAUCCGAAGGCUGGAAGAUAAGGUGGCUGAGUGGAGAGAGGCUAAGGCUAAAAAUUCAUUGGCAUGGAACGAACAGAAUCAAAAGUAUUAUUUGAAAUCUCUCGACCAUGCCGGCCUUAACUUCAAACAACUCGACAGCAAGCUCAUCAGGUCGAAGACCCUGUUGUUGGAGAUUGAAAAUAAUUACGAGAAGGAGGGUACGCCCCCACAUUUGACCUUGCCCUACAAUAACGAGAUGACCUUCGUCAGUGACGCGUUCACCCUGACGAUUCACAACGUCAAACGCCAGUCAAACAUCCACCACAAUGAGAAGAAGAAGAUGAAGCAACUGCUGCAGGCCUUCCUGCCGGAUUUCUUUGCAUUCCCUAGGGAAGCCAUGAGCGAUGAUGAAGUCGAUGAGAAUGCCUCACAGAAAGAUUUCAACGGCACAACUGCAUCUGAAAAAAUCAGUAAUAAAAACAACAACAAUAACAAUAGUAAUAAUAAUAAUAAUAACAAUAACCAAGACAGCCAAUCACGUUCGUUCUUCGUCAACCAGAACUGGUACAUAUUCAUGAGGCUGCAUUUCCUACUCUCUGAUAGGCUCAGGCAGUUUAGUAGCCACGCCCAGAAGAUGGUGAAGGAUCGUGAGGUCGAGAAUCAGAUGCCAUUCGUUCAGUCGACUGCCAUGUCACUCGGGUUGAGAGGGGCACCUCCCGAUCCAGCUAACAGCUAUUCGCAGCUGUUGAAGCUAAUAAUAAGCUACUUGGAUGGGCAUAUCGAAGCGCCGGCUUAUGAAGAGCAACUGAGGGAACUCUUCCUCACCAAUGCGUACGUCGCUUUCACUGUCGACAAACUCAUUCAGAAUAUUGUUAGACAGUUGCAGCACAUAGCUACAGAUGAGUUGUGCAUCAGACUGGCCGAGCUUUACAACAACGAAUCGAAAUCAAGUACCAGUCAGGGUGCAGAGUUUGAACUGGCAUAUCAGAAGAAAGCCGAAAGGCUGUUAGCUGGAGAUAAUUGUUACAAACUAUUUAUUGUUAGUUGGUUUAGCGGUUUAUGGGUAGCUAUAUCUGUGUCUUUGAUUGGUUCGUCUGACUGUUUCAUUGUAUUGGACGGCUGA